GGCUUCUGAUGAAUCAGGUGUACGUCCCCAUCUCGUGCGCCACGCGUGAGUUGGGAGUGCAGCUGAAGGGCUUCAUCGAGGAGCUUGGGGCCGUCGUUGUUCUCUUCCGGGACGAUGGCGGGUGCCUCGUCCAAGAAGGUGCCUCUGGUGUCGGACUCUCGUGGCAGGAGAAGCUGGAGCGGGACCAGCGGUGGCUCCUGGAGCAGCAGCUGGUGAUGAAGCCUCGCGACCUGGACCUGAACAUCCUCGAGAGCUGGCCGACCCUGGGGGACGCACUGAUGGACUCCGUCAUGCUGGGGAGCCACACGGUGGUGGACUCGAGCUCGGAGGCGUUCGAGGAGGUCCAGCACUACCAGAAGAGCAGGAAGAAACUGCCGACGCCGCUGAAGGAGUUCGUGGACGAGGAGUGCGGGGAGCCGGCGGACAUCAAGGGCAAGCAGAAGCAGAAGGACGGCAGCGACUUAGUGGAGGAGUCCAUUCAGCCGCGGGCCAAGAAGAUGCCGAUGGCGGCGUGGAGGCCAUCCAAACAGGGCCUACUGCUGCUGACGGCAGCCACCAACAACAAGGUCAAAAAGGACAACAAUAGAGUGGCUUGGCGACCCAGCGCGGAGACACUCGCAGGUGACCCACUACGUCAAGAAGUGGCGCUGCGGAUGGUGCAGGGAGGUGAACCUGGGCUUCCGCGAGCGCUGCCGCAAGUGCUCGGAAUGGGCUCCAGCGGAGACGCAGCGCCAACAGCAGUUGCAGAAGGAGGAGCUGGCCUGCAGCAGACACCAGCAGCGGGAGCAGGGGGAGGAUAUCAAGCCGGUGGGAGAGAGGAACCGCUGGACCAGGUCGACUCCGAGUGCGACAAGCUCCACGACUGGUGGCACGAGCAGUGCAGCGAAGGCUCCCUCACAGAGUUCGGAGACGCAGAGGUGAUCGACAUCUCGGAUCCCACGGACGACCCCAUCAAGGGCCUGGAGCUCGUCGGGCGCACCUCCCGCAAGGGCAGGAGCACGAAGGGCAAGGGCAAGAAGAGGCAGCAGGACAGCCUCGCCUACCUUGAGGCGCUCUCCGACGAGCAGCUCAAGGCGCUGGCGAUCAGGAAGAUCGGGUCCUGGGAUGGGGUGCAUCGGCGCCUUAUAGCCUGGGGGUCGGAUCGUAGCUAACUCCUCGUCGCCUGGGCUGGAUUCGCCUCGUUGUCGGGCGCUGCCGUGGGGUGGCGCUCUCGUCGCCGGGGUUGCUGGAUCUGCCUCGAUUUUGUUGGCCUGCAUCGGGAGGCUCUUUGGGUUCGGCUCGCCUCGUCGCCGUGCUGGUUCCCUUCGUUUUCGCUGAGCCAUUGGGCUCGGCGCGCGUCUCUGCGUCGGUAGGGCCGCUUCGGGCUGUGUCCCAGGGCUGAAAGAUACCAGCCGAAUCAUCAGAG